AUGGCUGCCAAAGUCGUUCUGGCCACUCUUUUGGCUUUGGCCCCUCUGGGUCUGGCUGUCGAUCCUCCUCGCAAGCCCCAUCAACCCACAGGCGAGGGAGAUCGUCUCCUCACCUUUAACGAGACGAGCCCGAGCGCCAAAUUGAGACCGUCCUCUAUAAGCGUUGACUGGUCUUCUGCCGGCGGUGACGGAAACUACAUCGUCCUCAGUGACGACGGCGAUCUCGUUCUGGAGGAUAUCCUCUCUGAGAAGACCACCAAGUUUGUCACGGCCGAUAAGCUCCCCAAGGAUCUGCACGAGUACUGGAUUAGCGGUGACGCGAAAAAGGUCCUGGUUGCUUCCAACUACACCAAGCAGUACCGCUACUCGUACUUUGCCGAUUACUUCGUUCUCGAUGUUGAGUCUGGCGAGAGUGAGCCGCUUGUUGACAACCAGGUUGGCGAUAUUCAGUACGCUCAGUUUGCGCCCAAUGGGGAUGCUGUUGCUUUUGUGCGCGACAAUGACCUUUUCAUCCGCCGCAGCGAUGGCAAGGUCGAUCAGAUCACUUCUGACGGUGGUCCUGAUAUGUUCCACGGUGUCCCCGACUGGGUCUACGAAGAAGAAAUCUACGGUGGUCGCUCUGCCUUGUGGUGGUCACCUGAUUCAAAGUUUAUCGCUUUCCUCAGCUUCAACGAGACUGGUGUUGGCACAUUCACCAUCCCUUACUAUAUGGACAACGAAAAGGUCGCUCCUACAUACCCUCGCGAGCUAGAUCUUCGUUACCCCAAGGUUGGUUCCAAGAACCCAACUGUGGAGCUCAACAUCCUGGAUGUGUCUGAGGGCGAGUACAAGCCUGUUCCUGUUGAGGCCUUUGAGCCUGAGGAGCUCAUCAUUGGCGAGGUUGCUUGGGUCACCAAGGACCACAGCGCUCUUAUCUUCCGCGCUUUCAACCGUGUUCAGGACCAGGAUGCUCAUGUCGUUGUCAACCCCGAGACUCUCAAGUCCAACACUGUUCGUGAGCGUGAUGGCAGCGACGGAUGGCUCGAGCAUACCUUGUCCAUCUCCUUCGUUGGACCUUUGGGUUCUUCAGGAAAUGGAUCUUACUAUGUUGAUGUGAACGAUCAGGACGGCUGGAACCACAUCUACCUGUACCCCGUCAAUGGCGGAGAGGCUAUCCAGCUUACAUCCGGCGAGUGGGAGGUUUCCACCAUUCUUAACAUCGACACUGCCGAGAAGCUUGUCUACUUCCAAGCUUCCAAGAGACACUCUACUGAGCGACAUGUAUACAAGGUCUCAUGGGAGACCAAGAAGCUGACUCCUCUGGUUGAUGACUCCGUCCCCGGUUACUGGAGCGCUUCUUUCUCCUCCAGCGGUGGUUACUACAUCCUCCACUACCAGGGUCCCGAUGUUCCUUACCAAGAGCUUUACACUUCCAACUCGACCAGCAAGCCAGUCCGCACUCUCGUCGACAACAAGCAGUUCUACAAGAACAUCACCCAGUACAAUCUCCCCAACAUUACCUACUUUGAGCUUGAGCACCCUGAUGGCUACACCUUGAACGUCAUGCAGCAGCUGCCUCCCAACUUCAACGCAUCCCACAAGUACCCCGUUCUCUUCACACCCUACGGCGGUCCCAACUCUCAGCGCGUUGCCAAGUCUUUCCAGGCUCUUGGCUGGAAGCAGUACAUCUCAUCCGACCCUGAGCUCCAGUACGUUGUCUACACUGUUGACAACCGUGGAACUGCUAUGCGUGGUCGCAAGUACCGUUCCAUGGUGACUUCUCAGCUUGGCAAGCUUGAGCCUCUCGAUCAGAUCUGGGCUGCUGAGCAGCUUACUUCCAUGUUUGAUUAUGUCAACGCCGAGAAGAUCGCCAAGACCAUUGAAGCGGACUCUGGUGUCUUUAGCUUCGGUCUCAUCACCGCCCCUGUGUCGGACUGGCGAUUCUAUGACUCCAUGUACACUGAGCGUUACAUGAAGACAUUGGACAAGAACGAGAAGGGAUACCUCGAGACGGCCGUGCACGAUGUAUCUGGCUUCAAGAACAUCGCCGGCCAAUUCAGUGUUCUUCACGGCACCGGUGACGACAACGUGCACUACCAGCACGCUGCUGCCAUGAUUGAUCUCCUCGUGGGAUCUGGUGUGUCGCCUGAGAAGAUGAAGAUGUUUGCUUUCACGGACAGUGACCAUAGUAUUGUGUACAACGGUGCUUCGGUCUGGAUCUACAAGUAUCUUACCGCGAGGUUGUACGAUGAGGUGAAGAGACAGCCCAAGGCCAAGGCUUUGACUCACCAGUGGAACAAGAGACGUAUUGAGAUUGUUGCUUAG